GUCCUCUUGUUCGCCUUUUCGCUCAUCUGCGCAACCCAACGGCAACGUCAAACCAAUUGGCAGCGCAGCCCGCCUUCCGACUCCACCAUUUCAUUUCUUGCACGUUGAGAGCACUGUCGAGUCCGCAAUUCACCUUCAACCAUCUUUUCGGGAGUUGUGAGCGGUAAAAG